AUGGUUGGUGUAAUAUAUGAACAGAUAUCGAAAGCGACGAUGUCUUGGGACGAUGGUACGCACGCGAAGGUGAAGAAAGUUCAUAUUACGUACGAUGACGUCAUCUACUCAGUCCAGGUCACCUACGGAACCGCACUUCAAGUUCAAACCCCGCGUCGCGGCUCUGUGGGGCCCAUGUCUGCCGAGUUCACUUUGGAAUCGGACGAAUACAUAACGGCUCUUUCUGGUUACGCCUUGAGCACGCAAGACGUUGUAACGUCGUUGACUUUCACAACGAACAAGAAGACUUAUGGACCUUAUGGAAACAAAUUUGGCUAUCAGAUUUCUGUUCUUGAGAAGACCGGAAAACAGAUCGCCGGUUUUCGCGGUAAGAAAGGCAAAAUUCUCAACUCCGUCGACGUUCACUACGCUCCCAUACCCACCGGAACCAGCGGUUUAGAGACCAGUUCAGGGGCUCAAAAAUUGCAUGUAGGAGGUCUAGCAGGUGGAACGGCAUGGGACGAUGGAUCUGAUCACGAUGGUGUGACAAAUAUAUACGUAGGAUGGAACUUGGAUGGCAUUCAAUACGUAAUGUUCGGCUAUGUGAAAGAUGGACAGCCAAAACAAGGUGGCCACCACGGUAGUACUAACGGUUACAAGGGAGAGAUUGUUAUUAACGAUCCAGGAGAGCAUCUGGUUUCAGUCGAGGGUUGGUAUGAUUCUACCAAUUUCAUCUUGGGAAUCCAGUUCAAAACUAACGGCCACAAGAUUUAUGAUUCCAUGGGCUUUAAAUUCAAUGGCGAUACUGAUACUAAAUUUACUCUCCAAGUUCAAGACAAGAAGAUCAUCGGGAUCCACGGUUUCGCGAGCGACCACCUCAAUUCCAUUGGAGCUUAUUUCGUUCCCUUACCUUCCACCACCACCCUUCCUAUCGUUCCCCCGGAGAAGGUUGGAGCUGUGUGGGACGAUGGUGCUUACGGAAAAGUUAAAAAGGUCUUUAUAGGACUAGGCCAAGAUGGUAUAACAUCUGUUAAGUUUGAAUACAAAAAUGGUUCUAAAGUGGUCAAAGGAGUUGAACAUGGGACACCAACAUUGCUUGGAUUCGAGAAGUUCACUUUGCAAUUGGGGUCAGACGAGUACAUAACGGCUUAUUCUGCUUACGUCGAAAAGCUGGCCACGCAAAAUGUUGUAACGUCGUUGACUUUUACAACGAACAAGAAGAAUUAUGGACCUUACGGAAACAAAUCUGGUUUCGAGAUUUUUGUUCCUGAGGAAACCGGAAAACAGAUAGCCGGUUUUCAUGGUAUCAGCGGAAAUGUUCUCAACACUCUAGGCGGUUACUACGCUCCCAUUCCCAUGCCCCCCACUAAAAAAUUGGAUGCAGAAGGUGGCACAGGUGGGACGGCAUGGGACGACGGAUCCGAUCACGAUGGGGUGACAAAAAUAUACGUACGAACCGGUGCGGCAGGGGUUCAAUACGUUAAGUUCGACUAUGUGAAAGAUGGACAACCGAAACAAGAAACCCGCCACGGUGUGGACGGUAGUAGAGGUUUAACACGAGAGAUUGUGAUUAACUAUCCGGACGAGCAUCUGGUUUCAGUCGAGGGUUGGUAUGAUUCCUCCAAUAUCAUCUUGGGAAUCCAGUUUAAAACUAACAAGAAGACUUCUGAUUACCUCGGCUUUGAGUCCGAUGGUACUGGUACUGAAUUUACUCUCCAAGUUCAAAACAAAAUCAUCGGGUUUCACGGUUUCUCCAGCAACCACCUCCAUUCCAUUGGAGCUUAUUUCGUUCCGUUACCCUCCACCACCAGCCUUCCUAUUGUUCCCUCGAAGAAGCUUGGAGCUGUGUGGGACGAUCAUACUCACGACAAAGUGAAAAAGGUCUUUGUAGGACUAGGCCAAGAUGGUAUAGCAUCUGUCAAGUUUGUAUACAUAGAUGGUUCUUACAGGGUGUAUGGAGUUGAACGUGGGAAACCAACAUUGCUUGGAUUCGAGGAGUUCACUUUGGGAUCAUACGAGUACAUAACGGCUCUUUCUGCUUACACCAAAACGCUGAGCACCCAAGAUGUUGUAACGUCGUUGACUUUCACAACGAACAAGAAGACUUAUGGACCUUACGGAAAUAAAUCUGGUUUACUGUUUUCUUUUCCGGAGGAGACCGGAAAACAGAUCGCCGGUUUUCAUGGUACGAGCGACAGUGUUCUCAACUCCAUCGAGGUUCACUACGCUCCCAUACCCGCCGUUCAAAAAUUGGAUGCACAAGGUAGCACUGGUGGAACGGAAUGGGACGAUGGAUCUGAUCACGACGGCGUGACAAAUAUAUGCUUAGGAUUCAACUGGCUUGGCAUUCGACAAGUAAUGUUCAGUUAUGUGAAAGAUGAAGAAACGAAACAAGGUAGCCAACACGGUUUGAAAGAUCGUAGAGGUCAGACCAUAGAUAUUGUGAUUAACCAUCCGGACGAGUAUCUGGUUUCAGUCGAGGGUUGGUAUGAUUCCUCCAAUACCAUCAUGGGAAUCAAGUUCGAAACUAACCAAAAGAUUCAUGAUUACAUGGGCUUAAUGAAUGCUAGUGGUACUAAAUUUAGUCUCCAAGUUCAAGACAAGAAGAUCGUAGGGUUUCACGGCUUUAGCACAGCCUUUCUGCAUUCCGUUGGAGCUUAUUUCGCUCCGUUAUCCUCCACCACGACCACUCCUAUAGUUACCCCGAAGGAGCUUGAAGCUAAGGGUGGUGAGUCUGAGUCGUAAAUUUGGAGCCCAUGUCUUUCCUAUCAACAUGCGAUCGUGGAGAUUUGAAUUUGUCAGACUUAAGUGGUCUCUCUCUAUUGAUGGUAUUUGAUCUUUUGAA